UCCCGGUAGCUCUUAUAAAUUACAUCAAAUUGGUUAUCCUUUCCACAUCCUUCUCCUUGAAAAAGAAGCUCUAACCGCAUUUUUAGCCGUCAUGUCAGGACGCGGAAAGCAGGGAGGCAAAGCUCGAGCCAAGGCCAAGUCGCGCUCCUCGCGCGCCGGCCUCCAGUUCCCGGUGGGCCGGGUGCACCGCCUGCUGCGCAAGGGCAACUACGCGGAGCGGGUGGGGGCCGGCGCGCCCGUGUACCUGGCGGCCGUCCUCGAGUACCUGACCGCCGAGAUCCUGGAGCUGGCUGGCAACGCGGCCCGCGACAACAAGAAGACGCGCAUCAUCCCUCGCCAUUUGCAACUAGCCGUGAGAAAUGACGAAGAGCUCAACAAGUUACUCGGGGGUGUCACCAUCGCUCAGGGCGGCGUGUUGCCCAAUAUCCAGGCUGUCUUGUUGCCCAAGAAAACGGAGAGUCACAAGCCUGGCAAGAACAAGUAACUAGGCUGGGCACCAUCCCCUCACCCCAAAGGCUCUUUUAAGAGCCACCAAAAGUGUCAAAUG